AUGUGCUUGCCCCUUGCAGCCACGGCCAACAAUCCACAUUUUCUCUUUUUUUUCUUUCUUUUUUUCUUUUUUUUUGCAUUCCGCCCUUGUCUUGCAACAGGUGCUUGCCAUGGCGGUCCCCCAAGCAGCCGUCAGCUGAGCAGGACUCGCAAAAUCGCGCGCCCGCUUAGCGAUAAUGCCUCAGUACGCAAUCCGACGCGCUUACCCACGGCGGGCUUUGGCCGACUGACCUUCUUUUCUCCCCUUGACAUUGGACGCGCAAACUAG